UCCCAUUGGCAAAAGAAAAGUUCUGAGACAUAGAAGGCAAACGUAAUACUCCAUAAGGCCACACCUCAACAAUCUGCAUUCAUGGAGGGGAGUCCUAGCAAGGCAGAAUGAGAAGAAAAUGUCUCCCUUAAAAGAGGAAAUAUUCAUCCAAGAAACAGCCCUCUGCUUGACCCUCCAUUUCCGAUUGACUCUCUAAUGGACAUUAAGCAUUAGGAUUUUCCUAGUUUGCAUUGAAUUCUGAGACAGUGACAGCUUCUCACUGUCUUUUCUGUCUGUUUCUGGUUCAGUUCCCACGUCUUCACAGAGAGGAGACCUGCAAUCUCAGAGGCUUAAAGCCCAAAGCACCUUGUUUUGGAACUGUAAAUAUAAAAGGAUUGCAAUGUUCACUUGUGCUGUUCAAUAGGAAUGGUCUUGGAAUUUAGGACUGGAGCAUCACACUGAGUAGAUUCAGUAAAUAAGGUGCCAAGAUCUGGGCUCAAUAUGGAGGAUGACAAUAAUGUUGAUUUUCACCAGAAGCUUCUCUCCAUUGAUGAAAAACUGGAGCUUGAAGAUAUAGAGUCCCUUAAGUUUCUCUGUAGUGACUUGAUCACACCUAAGACCCUUGAGGGUAUAAAGUCAGCUCACCAACUGUUUCAGAAGUUCAUGGAUGAAGAUUUGUUGAAUAAAGAAGAUUGUUUCCUAGUGGCCGAGCUCCUCUUCCUAAUUAAGCAAUAUUAUUUACUACAAAACAUUGGGUACACAAAGGAAAAAGUACUGCAAGAACUUUCUACCAAAGGGAAAAUUUCCUCAUACAGAGUCAUGCUUUACAACCUAUCCGAGGAAGUCACUCAACUUGAUUUUGAGUAUAUCAAAUUCCUCAUGCAUAAGGAUAUACCAAAGACAUUAACGUCCUUUUUAAGUCUUUUGAGACAUAUGGAGAAACAAGAACUUUUAAGUGAGAAUAAUCUGGAGAUGCUGGUGAAAGUAUGCCAGCCUUUGUCAAGCAAUCUUACAAAAAGAAUCAGCCAAUACAAAAAUGAAAAAAAGGAGUCUGAGAAUCCGUUGGAGGGGCAUGUACCAGAACAACCCUUGUCAAAGGCACAAGAGGAGAAAAAGUUAAGUGUUGCAUCAGGUACUGCUGAGAGCUUGUGGGAGGCAUUUGCUAAAGAGAACACAGAGGAGACAGAACAAUAUAUGAUGGGUCAUAGACACAGAGGACUCUGCCUCAUUUUCAACAACUUUCAAUUUCAGACCAUGAACUUCAGGGAAGGAAGUUGUAAAGAUGCAGUUGAACUGAGGAGUGUUUUCAAGUGGCUUGGAUUCACAGUGACAAUUCAUGACAAUACAACAAAAGACGAAAUGGAAAGGAUUCUGACCCAGUGUAGAACCAACCCAGAGCACAAAGACAGCGACUGCUUUGUAUGCUGUGUCCUUACCCAUGGGGAGUCUGGUUCUGUGUUCUCCUCAGAUGAAAAGAGCAUAGCCAUCCAUGACCUCACAUCCUACUUCAUGGCCCACCAAUGCCCAGGCCUGAUGGACAAACCCAAGCUCUUUUUCCUCCAAGCCUGUCAAGGCAUGGAAAUACAAGAAGGCGUGCCUCUUGAAGCGGAUGCUAGAAACGCCAGCAUCUCACCUCCUGCCCCCAAGAAAAUCCCUCAGAGGUGCAUCCCGACGGAAGCAGAUUUCCUCCUUGGGUUGGCCACCGUCGAUGGUUGUUGUGCCAUUCGAAAUAGAAUGAAAGGUUCCUGGUAUAUUCAAGCCCUCUGCCACCAACUGAAACGCUUGGUCCCAAGAAAAGAAGACAUCUUAACCAUCCUAACAGUAGUCAAUGAUGAGGUAACAUGGAGUUUUGAGCUUGCAGAGGAAGAAUUUAUCCAAAGGAGAGCAAAGCUACAUUUCUACUUGAGACCUCCUGCCUGCCUACAAACACUCCUUUGAAGGAUAAGAUCGACUGAUGCCAUCUCAUCUUCAGUGCGUGUCUCCAACCCUAAGGAAGCCUGGCCACACACUGAUCCAGAGAAUUUCCUUGCUCCAGCACCUUCUUUUCCACUGAUGAACUGUUAUUGUCACAUCUGUUACACUGUACCUAUGGGCUAUCAUUACGAGGUCCUUGUUUGCAUGAAUUGUAAAAUCUCCUCAUAAAUAUCAGAAUGAUUGUCAGAUCACUUUACUUACUAGAAGAGUCCUUCAGCUUGUUGACUGAAGAUACCAUCUGUUAGGUAUGUCCCGUAUAAAAUGCAAGAGGUUGAGAAGGACUGUGAGGCUCCUCUGUCAGAUUUUGGGUCAACUGCUAUACUCAAGGCUGUCAAUCUUCUCUCUUCAGAGGCUAAGAAUUUGACUAAGGCUCUGUGUGAGUCUUAUCACUUCUUUCAAGCCCAAACUAAUACCCUGGUGUAUUUGCUUACACAGACUCAGGAUCAAUGAAAGAAUUUGAUAAUUCCAUUGGUGGUCCGUGAAAUGAUUAUCAGUUGAUUAUAUCUAUAUUCUUAUAUAGAUUUAGUCACAGAUAAGCUAAUUAUUACGCAAUGAAGACGAUUCGUGCCCAUUUUCUCCCUUCUUUUUUAUGCGCCAACAUAUUUUCAUUUGUGAUAUCUUUCUGAUGGGGACUGAGUCCAUCAGACUUUCCCAAUGCAUUGGACUCUUGUCUGUGAUCCAUGAAAGGCUUGCUUGCCUUUCAUGGAUCAAAGGGAGGAAUUUGUGAAAUUGAUUACUGAGAGUUUUAUUAAUCACAGCAAUAACCAUUGUAAUCAAUUUCUGAAGGCUUAGAUUUAGAACUAUUUUGUCCAGGCCUUGUGGUAUGAUACUUGAUAGGAGACUAUGCAUGUUACGGAUGAUAGUUCAACAUGGUUAUGAGAUGUUUUCCUAGCACUGAGUUUGUAUAGUACUGGGGAGUGUGGGGUUGGAUACUUUUCCAAGGAUGUUGACUAACUCUGUGUCCCUGUUGCCAUGGGCUCUGGAAGACCCUUUUUGCAAAUCAAUGUAAUUACGGACCAAUUACAGCCUUAGUUCAGUUGUCACCUUGACAUUAUGUAAUGAACUUAAUGUAAUCAGACCGUAAAAAAGGAUACUCUGGUUGUAUGGGGGGGAGGGUUGGUCCUCUGGUCACUGAGGGGUCAUUGACCUCUAUUAUUGGUGAUUGCUAGCCUUACCAAUACGUAGAUUAUGUUUGGAUGUUUGUGCCUCAGUUUCUCUUAAUCACA